UCCUUCCUUCCUUCCUCGGGGCUUCUUCCUUUCAGCGCGAAUAUGGCGGCUGCUCGGAGCCUCCUGGCCGGACUGAGCCACCGAGGGAGGCUGCGGCUCCUCUUCCAGGCGCAGGCCAAGAAUUGUGGCUGCUAUUUUUCUACCAGCAACUGUCACAACACCAAAUUUUAUACAGAUCCAGUGGAAGCUGUGAAAGACAUACCCAAUGGGGCCACACUUCUUGUUGGUGGUUUUGGUCUUUGUGGAAUUCCUGAGAACCUCAUAGGCGCUCUGUUGAAGACUGGUGUGAAAGGAAUAACGGCCGUCAGUAACAAUGCAGGGGUAGACAAUUUUGGUCUUGGACUCCUACUUCAAACCAAGCAAAUUAAACGUAUGAUAUCUUCCUAUGUUGGAGAGAAUGCAGAAUUUGAGCGGCAAUAUUUAUCUGGAGAACUGGAAGUUGAACUUACACCACAGGGUACUCUUGCUGAACGCAUCCGAGCCGGAGGAGCAGGCAUCCCCGCUUUUUUCACUAGCACCGGCUAUGGGACCUUGGUGCAGCAAGGGGGAGCACCAAUCAAAUACAACAAAGAUGGCACAAUUGCCUUGGCCAGUGACCCAAGAGAGGUGAGAGAAUUUGACGGCCGACAUUAUAUUAUGGAAAAGUCAAUAACAGGAGAUUUUGCACUAGUGAAGGCAUGGAAGUCUGAUCGUGCUGGAAAUAUUAUCUUCAGGAAAACCGCAAGAAAUUUUAACCAGCCCAUGUGCAAAGCUGCUAAAACCACGGUAGUAGAGGUAGAAGAAAUUGUUGAUGUGGGGUCAUUUGCCGCAGAAGAUAUUCAUGUCCCUAAGAUCUAUGUCCAUCGCCUCAUCAAAGGGGAAAAGUAUGAGAAAAGAAUUGAGCGAUUAUCUCUCAGGAAACCUGAAGAUGCACAGAGCAAGCAGAAGAAAGGUGGUGAUAACGUCAGAGAGAGAAUCAUCAGGCGAGCAGCUCUUGAAUUUGAGGAUGGCAUGUAUGCUAACCUUGGCAUUGGCAUUCCACUGCUUGCCAGCAACUUCAUUAGUCCAGACAUAACGGUUCACCUGCAGAGUGAAAAUGGAGUCCUUGGCCUGGGACCUUAUCCAACUGAAAAAGAUGUUGACCCCGACCUCAUCAAUGCAGGCAAAGAAACAGUCACCGUGCUUCCAGGAGCUGCCUACUUCUCAAGCGAUGAAUCUUUUGCAAUGAUUCGAGGGGGGCACGUUGACCUGACUAUGCUUGGAGCUAUGCAGGUGUCUAAAUAUGGUGAUCUAGCCAACUGGAUGAUUCCUGGUAAGAUGGUAAAAGGAAUGGGUGGCGCCAUGGAUCUGGUGUCCAGUUCAAGAACUAAAGUGGUUGUCACCAUGGAACACGCAGCCAAGGGCAAUGCCCACAAAAUCCUGGAAAGCUGCACUUUGCCACUGACUGGGAAGCAGUGUGUGAAUCGCAUCAUAACAGAAAAGGGUGUCUUUGACGUUGAUAAGAAGAAGGGACUCACUCUGAUUGAGAUCUGGGAAGGACUGUCAGUGGAUGACAUCAAGAAGAGCACGGGUGCUCAAUUCACUGUUUCACCAAACCUGGAACCAAUGAAGCAGAUUUCAACCUGAGAAGAUUGGGCCUAUCUUUUAUGCUUCCAUUAAAGGGGAAUCAAAUAUCUGUUUUGCAAUGAUACAUUUUAAAAGAGGUCUUUGUAAGUAGUUCUUCGGUAGUUAGCAUCAGCCUGACUGUUAAUGUUAACUCUGUAAAUGUUUAUUUGCGCACAACAGCUUCCCAAAAUUAAACCCUAUUUGGUACCUAGGUAUUUAUAAUGACUACAGUGCAAAUUUAACUAUUCAUAAAGAGUGGCAAGAGGCAGUUCUGCACUUUGGGUGAUCAUAUCUCUGUUUUAUUAAACUGAGAUAUGCAUGUGCACGCCAUACCUUAAGCUGAGAUGUACAUAUGCCUUUCCUUGAUACAUGCAAUUUGGUUGCGUGAGCCGCGCUGAAGUUUUUAAGUAACCCAGUUUCCCAUUUAUUUAUUUUUGAACUGGGAAACUGCGGUUAUUGACUUCAGACAAAUCCAGGAUUCUAUGUUACAUUUUAACUUUCUAAAUGCAGAUGUUGGCUUCCAGGUCUAAUCUGAAUACUGUAACAUUGUGCGGAGGCCACUUUGACACACAAUGUUAACUGCAAAGUGCCUAUAUAUGGUUGCAACAGCAUGCGCACACAGAAAAA